AUGCCGAUAUCUCGUAAACGCUCCCAGCAGGAGCUUGAUUCUAGCAAUGCGCUAGAAUCAGCCCAGCCGUCUAUUUUGCAUCGCAUCCGGAACAUGUGGCAAUUUGCGAACCUCUUCCAAUUCAUCCUUCUCUUCGGCCAUGCCCUUAAGCUGAACGAUAACCUUGACAUCGAGGAUCUCGAGGCAGAAUGCCUAAAACCCGGGUCGAUGUUGCUCCAGGACAUUGGACUUGGCCUCCUCAAGUUCCUUUCCUCUCACCGCGGCCUCACACACGAAUUGUUUGAUGAAUACACAAGGAGGCAAUUCCUUAGCAAGGCCCCAGAGCAUAACCCUUUUGGCUCCGAUGAGGUGCCAGCUAGCUUUGCGAACUUUGAUGUCUUCACCAAGCGCAUCGAACCAUAUGGGUGGGACCGGGACGACCGGACGUAUUAUGUUCUCGACGACAACCGCCUCUACCGCCAAACAGAGGCCCCCCUACCCACACCAAAACCGAAGAAAAACACGCAGAAGGCCAAGGCCGCUCAGCGGGCUAGCAAACGGCGUCGUGUGUCAGAAAAGGCCGCCAGUGAUGCCGGUGAUGACCAUGAGGAAGCCUCCGGUGCCAACGAGGUAGCUGAACCAGAAGACGACGGUUUCGGAGGGAUGAAGUGGGAGUGUGUGGCCGUCACUCUGGAUGAAAUCCGCCAAUUCUUGUCGACCAUCCAGAAAUCUAAGGAUCCUAACGAGAAGACCCUUCGCGAGCAGAUCGAAGGACAUCUAGUACCCAUUCUUGAGAAGCAAGUAGAAGCCAAGAAGCGGAAGCAGCUUCAACGGGAGAAGGAGCUUCUCAGCCUGGAGAAGAUGGCAUUCGCAAAACGGUCGAGCCGUAUUGCCGGCAAAUUGGAGCAGCAAAAAGCGGAGGAACAGGCCCGCGAGGAGGAACAGAAGCGGGCGAAGCAAGAAGUCGCCAGGAGGAAGCAGGAGCAACAGCGGCUCAAGAUGGAGCGGGAGAGGGACAACCGUUUGAUGUCGAGGGAACAACGCCUCAAGGAGCGGGAGUCUCGCCGGCGGUUGCACGAGGAUGAGCUUGCUCAGCUGUCUGAGGACAGCAAAGACACGACCGGCGGUGCGGCUCGCAUGUCGGAGCGGCGGCGGAUGGCCGAGAUUGAGAAAAACAAAAAGGCCCUCCAAGAGCUGGAGGACGAGGAAGACGACUGGGUUUUCGACUGUAUCUGCGGUGUCUACGGCAAAAUCGACGAUGGGACGCACAGCGUAGCUUGCGAGACGUGUAAUACUUGGCAGCACAGCAAGUGUCUCGGCAUCGACGAGAAGGACGCGGACCAGGAGGAUUUUCACUUCGUCUGCAACUCGUGCCGUCGACGCGAGCAAGAGGCGAGCGAGCAACGUGCCCGGACGAUCAAGCUCAAAGUCAACCGCCAGCAACAGCCGAGCUCACCAGCCGACGAGCAGGCCGCCGGUGAGGGGGAGGAUGCCGUGCCCCAACAGUCCCGGAGCGAGUUGGUCGUUGAGCUAGAGUCUCGGCCGGCCGCGCGGGCCUCUUCUACCUCUCAGUCAGCACAAGCGGACGCUUCGCACUCCCAAGAAGGCAAGACAGGUGACAGCGCACUCAGCGGCAGUGAGGCAAAGCCCAAGCAACUCCCAGUCAGCCAUGGGAACAAUCCCUUCUCGUCACCACAUCCAAGCCUAUUGCCGUCAGGUCAACCACCGCGACUAUCCAGUGGUCCACUCCUCGUGCCGGCCUCAACGAGCCAUACUACAACCGAGAAACCAGCGUCGUCGGCAAAGUUGACCGUGACGACCGGCCCUCUUUCAACAACAGCUCCCGGCCUCGCGGGUGGCGGCCCGCCGUCCCCCUCAAAGCAGAAGCAGUCGGCACAAAACCUUUCUUCUCCCGUAACAAAGACACCCGCGGCCGUUCCUGCAGACAACGACAAUUACCCCACCAACAACACCACAGCCACACCUUUAUCCUCAAUAGUGACGAUGCCGCACCUUACGCCCGCCCAGCCGCGCAGUGCCGGCGCCAGAUCUGAUCCCGCAGGCGUGUCUGUCCCCAGCAGCUCACCCCUGCCUCCUUCCAGCGCGGGUCUAUCCCCGACCAAGCACUCACCGCCUACGCCCAGACUGCAACAGCAACAUCAACACCAAAAUCAGCAGCAGCACGUCAACGGAGGCGCCCUCUCUAGCAGCCACAGCAGCAGUGUUGCUAUCCCGGUUGCUCCCAGCGGGGUAGGAGGCCCCCCGGCCGCGGUAUUCCCGCCCGUGGCGGCCCUGUCACCUUCACCGCGGCAGCAGAUAUUGACGCCCCCCGUCAAGCCUUCCGAGCCGGUCAGAGUUCCGCCCCACACGGCGCCGCAGCGGUCGCCGACGCCCAAGUUGGCGUUGGCUAGCUCGCCGCGGUUGGAUGCACAGUGA